UAAAUUCCCAAGGAGUAUUGCAAGAAACACAAACAUGCCUCCCAAGAGACGAAGGAGAUUCCAGGGACUCUACUACCAUUCAUCGCCGCCCAAAGUGAUGCCCAUGAAUGGACAGGCUGGUGGCCAAAAUGGACGCAAGCGUCGGGACAACGAAGAUUUCUCGGUGAAGUUAUCCACCAUCAGGAUCUGGAUUCAUGAGAAGGACAUCGGCAAGUUGACGCGUAUUUUGUGGGGGGGCCAGGGCAACCGUCUGUGCCAACAGGCCAGCAACAAUGGUCGAGUGAAGCGCUUCCUGGCCGCCGUUCCCCAUGUCAUGAAUGCCAUCAAAGAUCUGCACCAGGCGGUCAUCGACAACAAUCUGGAGACCGUGCAGGCGCAGCUGGAGCCACCGGUGCCCAGUGCGCUGGUCACCUGCAAGGACGGCAAUGGCUUGAACAUCAUUCACAAGGCCGCCGGACUGGGCCACACCAAGCUGCUGGAGUACCUGGUGGGCAUUUGGCCCGAGGGCGCCCAUGAGACGGACAUCACCGGAAAGACGCCGCUCCACUGGGCCGCCAGUGCCAAGAACAACAUGCGAUGCUACACCCUGCUCACCCAAGCGGGCUGCGACGAGGAGGCCGUCGAUUAUAAAAUGAAGACCCCCUCAUACUAUCGCCACAAGCCGCACGAAAUCGAGCGCGCCUUCCUGGUUUAUGUGCCGGAUGCACCUCGCGUCUCCCCCGACAGCGCCACCGAUUGGGAGGCCUUGUGCGAUGAGGGUGGAGUGGACAACGGAACGGGCGGCGAUGCCAGCUCCAAGAAACUGGACAUCAAGGUGCCGCCGUCUGUGAAUGGCCGCAAAUCGCUGGACGACAGCCUUGAGAACACCUCAGAGCUGGACCCCAACGACGGUACGAGUGCCAAUGAGGAUGACGAUCUGUCCAAGGCGGAUGCGCAGCCGGAAGCGGAAGUCGCCUCGCCAUUGCAGCGCCGACCGGAAACGCCGGCCACCUUCAACACGAUCAAUGGUGAAGGCGAUGGCGAAGACAGCGAGGUCGAGAAUAUUCGAAGAGCUGUAAGCGCGGAUGGAGGCGGAGAGGCAGAGGAAAACGGAGUUGGGCAGGACGAAGGAGGCGGAGGAGAUGCGGUAAUUGUGGAGAAUGGCGGAGUUCACGAGGAGGCUCCGGAGGAGGAUCAGCCAACGGAGCCCGAGGACGUGGGACAACCCGAGGAGCCUGCUACUGAGAGUGAGCUUGAUGGAAACAAAAAGACUGAAGUGGAGCCAGAGGAGCCGGUGGAACAGGUGGAGCAGGUGGUGCAGGCGGAGCAGGACGAGCAUGAGGCCUAUGAGGAGCAGGAGACAGUGGAUGAGCCGGAGAGCAACGCUGAGGAUGAAGCGGAUCCGGAAGUGGCCACCAUGUCCGUAGAAGAAAGAGAACCAGAGUCGGAGAACGAUAACGAUGACGACGAUGAGGAUGUAAUAGCUUCGGACAGCAAAGGAGGCAAUCCGCAGGAGGGUCAGCAACCAGGAGGCGGAGCACAGCCACCGGAGGACGACGGCAGUGAGUCCCUCACAUCAGCAAUGGCCAUUGAGGGCUUCGUGCACGGUGCACCCGAGGAUUAUACAGUUCAGUCUCAAACUGCAGUUGAUGAAGAUGAGCGCAUUAAGCGCAUUGUGGAGUCCGGAGACUUGGAGCAGCUGGCCGAGAUUGUGCUGAAUGGCGAGGGCGGCAGCUUGGUGGGCCUGAAGUCGCCAGAACCGGAAAUACAGGCCUUUCUCAACAACGUGCCCAGCUAUAUGGAGAAAAUACAUCGCGUGCACGACGCGGCACGUGACGGAGGUUUGCUGGCACUGCAGCAGGCUCUGGAUCGCCGGAAGUUUGCCAUUGCAAAGAACGACAUAUCGCCCAAUGGCUCCACGCCCUUGCACGUGGCCGUCCUCUUUGGCCACACGGACAUCGUUCGGUACUUGGCGUCCCGCUUUCCGGAGACCAUGACAAUUACGGAUAAUGACGGACGCACGCCGCUUCAUUACGCAGCCACAAUUAAGGACAACGGCCAUUUCUACAACAUGCUCCUGCAAUUGGGCGCCAAUCCCAAGUCACUGGACAAGCUGGGCCACUCGGCCGAGUUUUACCUGGACAAGGACAAGGCGAAAAACAUUCUCAACUACACCGAGCUGCUGAAUAUUUUCGGGGCGGAGGAGCUGGAGAACCAGUUGCUCAAUGACCAGGGUCAGGCGCAGCCAGUGAGCUUUCAGGCCAAUCCCAUCUUCAAGACGGAGCAGGGAAAAUACCUGGCUGAUUCUCUCGCAGAUCCUUUGAUCAAGGCCCUCACUGAAAUAGCCAACAAGAGACCCAGAGAUCCCGUUGCCUAUCUGACCAACUACCUGCAGCACUUCAUGGGCGACCGCAAGCCAAUGACCGAUGUCCAAGUUCACUCGGGGAGCAGCAAGGCCAGUACCAGUUCCACCUCCACCCUGGCAUUGGCCAAGUCGAAUGCCAGCUCGAACCAAAGAUUGGGCAACACCCGCAACGGUCCUGGUCCCACCAAUGCCGAUCUCAUCGAGCUGGAUUCUCGAUCCGUAGCCGAGGAGGAGGAUGCGGAAGGAGCUCUGGCUGUGCAGCAUAUGGAGGAGCGGGAUGAGCACGGCCAAAGUAUGCUCCACUUCGCAUGUGCCCGCUCCCAUCGGAGAGGAGCUCUCUACACUCUGAUUGAGGAGUCGGGUAUUGACAUCACCUACCGGGAUGAACUAUAUCGAACUGCUAGGGAUGUCUCACUUCAAGCGAAUCAGCCGAACAAUGCGGCCGAGAUCGAUCGAUAUGUCAUGGCACAGGCAGUUAUUGGCGACGUCGAACCUUUUGAACAACUCGCUCUACAAGGCUACGAUCACAUCCUGGACAUCGAAGAUGAAAAUGGUCAGUCUAUAAUAGAUGUGGUGCAGUCACGACAGAACGCUGCUCUUGGAGAGUUCCUGGCCAACCUUAGGGGAUUGGAGGAAACUCGAGAAGAGCUGCAUCAAAUGAUCAGGGAAAACAAUAUGGAGCGAGUGGUUGAGUUGACCAAUGUUGCCAAUGCCAAGUGGUUGAUAAGAACCAAGAAUUAUUAUGGUCGAACCGCCCUGCACAUAGCUGUGCUGAAGGAGUCCGAGGAAAUGGUUCAGCACAUGGUGAAAAUCUGUCCCGAAGCCUUGAAAAUCCCAGAUAACUUGGAACGCACUGUUCUGCAUUACGCCAUGGGCACCAAUGCGCUGGAGAGUGUAAGUCGGAUACUGAUUCAGAACGGGGCCAAGCGAACCGCCAAGGAUCUCAAAGGACGACAGCCAAGCUAUUACUUCAUCAACAAAGCGGACAUACUACGCCUGCAGGAGGAGGAGGAGGAGAGCCGUUGAGA